UAUAUAUAUAUAUCAUCAAUGGAAAUCUCAGCCGCCGGUCACAUCGCCGUACUUUCGUCGCCGGGGAUGGGCCACCUGAUCCCCCUCGUAGAAUUCUCCAAGCGCCUCCUCCACCGCCACCGCAUCGCCACCACAUUCAUCAUCCCCACCGACGGCCCUCUCUCCAGCGCCGAAACCACCUUCCUCUCCGCCCUACCACUCUCCAUCGCCGCCGUCCUCCUCCCCGCCGUCGACCUCCACGAUCUCCCCGCCGACGUCAAAAUCGAGACGCGCAUUUCACUCACGAUGAUCCGCUCCCUGCCUUCGAUUCGAAACGCCAUCAAGUCCCUCCACCACCGGCGACGCCUCUCCGCCUUCGUCGCCGAUCUUUUCGGGACCGACGCGUUCGCAGUCGCCGCUGAAUUCGGUAUUCCCCGAUACAUCUUUUUCGCCUCCACCGCCAUGGCCCUGUUGCUGUUCCUUCUCACGCCGGAGCUCGAAAAAACCGUUUCCGGCGAGUUCUGGGAGGCGCCGGAGAAAUUCCGGCUACCGGGAUGCGUCCCGGUGCACGGCAGGGACUUGGUGGACCCCCUCCAGGAUCGCAAAAACGAUGCCUACAAAUGGUUCGUUCACCUCACCAAAAAUUACAGAUUACCAGAAGGAAUCAUCCUCAACACCUUCAAAGAAAUGGAACCCGGCGCCAUUGAAGCUCUGCAGAAGAAGGAAAUUGGAAACCCUACUAUUUACCCAGUGGGUCCGCUGAUUCGAACCGGGUCGAAUCCGAAUCCGGAUUCGGAAACCCGCCAGUGUCUAAAAUGGUUGGAUCGUCAACCGAGCGGGUCAGUUCUGUACGUAUCGUUCGGGAGCGGAGGAACGCUGUCGCACGAUCAAACAAUCGAACUUGCCGUCGGACUGGAAAUGAGCGAGCAGAGGUUUCUAUGGGUAAUUAAAUGCCCAGACAGCAAGCCGUCGUAUUUCAACGUCAAAAACUCCGACGAUCCGCUGGCGUAUCUGCCUGAGGGCUUUCUGGACCGGACGGCCGGCAGGGGCCUGGUGGUGCCGGGGUGGGUCCCGCAGGAGGAGAUUCUGGCGCGUGAAUCGACGGGGGGGUUUCUGACGCACUGCGGGUGGAAUUCGACGCUUGAGAGCGUCGUCAAUGGCGUCCCGAUGAUCGCGUGGCCGCUCUACGCGGAGCAGAGGAUGAACGCGGUGAUGCUGCAGGAGGAUCGGCGGGUGGCACUGAGGUCGCCGGAGAAGAAAUUGGGGGAGAAUCGGAAUUUCGUCGUCGGGAGGUUGGAGAUUGCGGAGGUUGUGAAGGAAUUGAUGGUGGAAGGGAAGGAGAUUCGAGAUCGAAUUAGGAAAUUGCAGGUUGCAGGUGCAGAAGCAAUUGGGGAAAAUGGGGAGUCUGCAAAAACCCUAGAAGCAUUGGCCGAAAUGUGGAAGAAGACGAAGACGACGACAACGAAAGAGUAGGGACUACGCAACACAGGAGAGUCCCGGGAGCACAGCACCUGCAUCCAUCCACACCGUUGAUGCCACAUGGAUGGUCUGGAUUCGCCAAGAAGUAAUUGGUAUCUAUUCUACCAUGCAUGCAUAUUUAAAUUAGAUUUUGCAUUGCUUAAUUAUUUAUUGUGAUGUAAUCUGCAUAUCUUAUAUGUCUGUGUGUAUAUAUAUAUAUAUAUAUCUUCAAUUAGGUAGGAAGUAAAAGAUCGAUAUGGCCAAUUCUUACCUACACUUGCAGAUUAAUUACUUAAUUUAUUAAGAUUUGUGAUCUUUGAUUUUAGUUGCUCAUUAUAAUGAUUGCCUGAUAUGAUAUCACCACAAUUUUUUAUACAGAGAUG